AUGACAUCAUCACCACAACAACCUUUUGAAAUACAACCUCAUCAUCAUCAAGAGGAAUAUGUGACGAUUGAAUUAUCCGAUAAAGAAUUAUUUACAACUCGACAACAUCAAACAUACGAAAAAAAAUUCAAUCCUAAUUUUCAAAGCCAUGACCACCAUCACAAACAAAAAGAGUUAUUGAAUCAUCAUGAUGAGGUUGAUGAUGCAUCAUUGAAAUGGAAAGAAUCUUUCUGUACAAGCUCGAGAUCGGAAUGGAGUAACCAACAAAUAUUAAAAAGAUUUACUUCCCGAAAGGUCAUGGUUCGGAAUGAUGUUUCUCAAGCAACUGAGGAAAUGAAUAUAAGUAACAAUUUUGGUAGUUUUGUUGGAUUUUUAGAAUUCGGGAAGAAGCAACUUUCUGAAAUUCGUGGAAAGUUUUCAACAUCACAACAUAUUGUCACCAACAGCUCCAUUCCUCAAAUUCUGUCCGAUGAAGAAAUUAUGUUUGGCUUUUCCUCUACUUUUGCACUCAAACACAAUCUCUAUUAUGAAUUAUUAUUUUGGAUUUUUGUAAUUUUGACACUUGGAUUGGUGUUUAUUCCAUGUAAAUGGUUUCCAUGGUUGAAAACAUGGUUGACACAUUCAUAUUGCAAACGUUUUAAAGAAGCAGAUGCCAUUCUGCUGUGUAGCAGAACAAAUGUCAAUGCAAUGGAUGGCUCUCAUGGAAGAUGGAACAGUUGUAAAAUUGAAAAAUCUCGCAUUCACACAAAUGAUGGUAGAAAACAAAUAGAGAUUAUGUAUUUUAAAUUUCGAUUUGGAACAUUUAUUUAUGAUGAAGAAGGUGAUUGCUUUGUUCCUUGUACUUUUUCAUUGCAAGAGACCCUUAGCAAUGAACAGAGUGAAGAUCUUCUCAAUGGAGAAACCAUUCAUAGUCUUGCCAUUCACUACUUGAAUCAUCAAGAUAGAAAUAUUAGAAGCAAAAUAUUUGACAGAAAUGUCAUUGAGACACCUGUCAAGCCAAUUCUUUCACUAGCAAUGGAUGAACUCUUUCACCCCUUUUAUAUUUUCCAAAUUUUCAGUGUCGGUAUUUGGUGUUGGAUUGAAUAUUACAUUUAUGCUAUUGCCAUUGCAGUGAUUAGUACGUUAUCAGGGCUUAUAAGUUUGUACACCACUCGAAAGACCAUGGUCAAAUUACGAGAAAUGACGUGCUUGAGUUUUUCUGUCCAUUUGAUGGAUCAACCUCACGGUCAGGCGAGGUGCUCUAGAAUUGAUUCCUCACUUUUACUUCCGGGUGAUGUGAUUGAGAUUGAAAAUGGAAUGACCAUUCCCUGUGAUCUUGUGUUGUUAUCAGGACAGGUCAUUGUGAAUGAGUCCAUGAUGACUGGUGAAAGUACACCUGUGAAAAAGAUGCAUGUACCUUAUUCGAACAAAGUACUCCCAAAGAAUGAUCUUUCGAAUUGGACGUUAUUUGCUGGCACUCAUGUGAUCAUGACAAAACCAACCUCAGGUUCUCAUCAUCAUGAUGACAUCGUGUCGUACUAUCAACACCACUUUCCAAACAAAGUGUUAGCAAUGGUCAUCCAUACAGGAUUUCAAACCACUAAGGGCAGAAUGUUAUUACCCAUCAUAUAUCCCAAACCUAAUAAUUUUAGAUUGUACAGAGAUAGUUUUAAAUUUAUGGGAAUCAUGUCCAUUGCGGGGUUUGUUGGAGUGAUUUUCACAGUUAUCAAUCUUGCAAAAAUUCAUGUUCCAUUGUUGAGAAUUAUUUUGGAAAAUAUUGUGCUGAUUACCAUUGUCGUUCCACCUGCACUGCCCAUUGCCAUUACUACGACUAUAUCUUUUGCUAUAGCACGACUUAAAGAAUCAUGGAGAAUAUUUUGUAUUGCUCCUCAAAGAAUUAGCUUUUCUGGAUUGAUCAAGUUAAUUGUUUUUGACAAGACGAAUACGUUGACGAGUGAUAAUUUGGAUCUUCAUGGUUGUGUGCAAGUAGAGAGCGGAAAAUUUAGUCAUCUUCUUCACACCUUUGAUUAUGGAUCGUUCUUGAGUGUUGGAAUGGCCACCUGUCAUGACUUGUGCAAUAUUACCACUACUGAAGGUGUCACAAAAAUUGUUGGAGAUCCAUUGGACAUGAAAAUCUUCGAAUCAUGCAAAUGGAGAAUCGAAGACAGAAAUAAUGAAUUUAUGACCGUGAUUUCUCCUGAUAACAAACAUUCCUUCUCCAUAUUGAAAAUAUUUCAAUUCAAGUCAUCUCUGCAACGAAUGUCAGUAAUAGCAAUGAAUUUACAAUCAAGGGAAAUAUUCUGCUUUUCGAAAGGCUCCUCAGAAAUGAUUAAGCAACUGUCAAAACCAUCAACCAUACCACACAAUUUUUCACAAACUCUGUACAAGUAUUCUCACAAAGGAUAUCGUGUUAUUUCUAUAGGUUACAGAAAAAUUGCAGACUCUCAACAAGUUCACAUUGUACAUGAAUUUAUUGACAAGCUGGAACGGGAACAAGUAGAGCAAGAUCUCAAUUUCAUUGGUCUCAUUUGUUUGGAGAAUAAGUUGAAAGCUGACACUUCAGGUGUGAUCAAAAAGUUAAUUGCAGCGAAUCUUAGAUCUGUCAUUGCUUCAGGAGAUAAUGCCUAUACUGUUAUUUCAGUAGCCCGAAAGUGUCACAUUUUACCAAGCAACAAAAAAGUUUACCUCAGUGAGCGAUCUUCUGAUGAAUCGGAUGAAGCUUCCUUGAAUUGUAAUGACAAUAUUAUUUGGAGAAAUGUAGACUGCGAGCAAGAUGUCAUCACUUCUGAGCAAAUCAUGAAUGGAGACGAAACAUUUGGAUCCAACGUGGAAUUGGCUGUAACAGGCACUAUUUUUAACAUGAUCUACAAUAGACAUUUACAAGAUUUAGAGCUUGCCAAGCAGCAGCAGUAUGACAUACCAUACGUGAAUAUUCACACUCCAACCCUUCUUCAUCGCUUGAUGAGUUAUUGUCGAAUUUAUUCUCGAUUUUCGCCGAGUGACAAAAUGAAAAUUGUUGAAGAAUUUCAAAAAUUGGAUUAUUAUGUCAUGAUGUGUGGAGAUGGUCAAAACGAUGCCAAAGCUCUCCAAACUGCCAAUGUUGGAGUAUCACUCAGCAGUGAGUCUGAAGCUUCUUUGGCAGCACCUUUCACGAGUUUAAAUCCUAGUAUCAGUUGUGUGAUGGCAAUUAUGAGAGAAGGACGAUCAGCAUUGUGGUCUUCAUUCCAAGUCUUCAAGUACAUGUCCUUGUAUUGCUUAAUUCAAUUCUUUUCCGUGGUCAUUCUAUUUCAAAAGAACACCAAAAUGGCAGAUUUUCAAUAUUUGUAUGUGGACAUGUUUGUGAUAUUGCCAACUAUUUUGUUAAUGACUCGAACAAAAUCGACAAGUACUUUGAAAAAAGUUCGACCUCCAACUUCUCUUAUUUCAAGAUUUGUAAUCAUGAGUUGGAUUGGACAAAUCAUACUAAGCUUUUCAAUGAUUGGAUUUGUUUGGAAUGAAAUUCAUCAAAUCGGUAACAGUAACUCGUGGCUUAAACUAUUAGAUCACCCCUCUGAAGAUGUGACCAAAAAUUAUUGGAGCUAUGAGACAACCAUCAUAUUUUUAACGUCUACAUUUUGCACAUUGAACUGUGCCAUCAGUUUGAGCAUUAGCAAGCCAUUCAAGAAAACCCUUCUGACCGAUAAUUUUUACUUUGUCAUGUGCCUGACCAUUCUUUAUUUAUUUACAUGCUAUUUCACACUGGUUCCAUGUUCGUGGCUUCAGUCUGUGUUGCAAUUGAUGAAAUUGCCCAUGUAUUACAAAGUCAGAAUUAUCAUGUAUGGAUUAUUGCACUUGAUUUUGAGUUAUUCUUUUGAAUUACUAUUAAUUUCAGAACGAUUUAAAAAGUUCGUUAAGCGUGUGAAUAUUAUUGCCGUACUUGCAAUAUUGAGAGCCAUGUUUUCAAAUAUUUCAUUUGUACGAGAUCGAAUAGAAAAGUUAAUAACAACGAAGAGAUCGAGAAGAAGAAAAUACAAGCAGCUCAAUGAGAGACUAGGAUUGAAAGAUCCAAAACAUGGAGCCACGUCUACCAUUAACAACUCUCUUAAAACUGAAUCCAAGGCCUAUUUGCUUCAAGAAGUUGUGUGA